AUGUCAAGCACCAUUUCAUCACCCAGGGACGACGCCUGGAUGGGGCUCGCCCUUGAGGAGCUGCUGGAUGGUCUCCAGAUGGGGUAUCGGCCCCAACCUUCACUCCUCGCGCCACUCCGUGUGGCCGGAGGCCGCAGACAAAUCCUGUCCGCGGAGCAGCUCGACGUCCCGCCGGAUCAUCGAUUCGGCCCAAUACGGGUGGACACCACCCCGCCACGACCACGGCCAAUCGAGGCCGCCCACACGCCUGCCGACCAGGGCAAGCAGCCACUCACGGAUCAAGGGCCGCCGCCUUUGGUCCCGCUACGCACAACCCGGGCUCCAUCGACCCAAGCCACCCAAGGGCAAGCCCCAGGAGGGAAGCCACCGCCACGGGAGGCACCACACACCAGCCGGCUGUCCACGACGCCUACCGGCAACCAGGGGCAGCCACCACAGGCAGCACCUCGAGCAGCCCGCCCGUCGACGCGACCGCACACCGGCCGGGUCGCCACGACAACUACCGGACACGAAACCCCAUCAUCAAGGGCGACGCCGCGAGCUGCCCUCACUUCGGCACGCUCACGCACCGGCCCGACUCCAACAACGCCUGGGACACGCGCAGUCCAGGACCCAGACGGCGAGGUGGAAGCGGCGCUACGAGAGUGCCUAGGCGACCUUCCACCCGACGUGCUGGAGGAGAUGGCCCACGGGGCAGAGGGUUUGGACAUGGAGGACCUCUUCGGGGAGUCUCCCGACGAAGACGGAGUGCAGAUUCCGACGCGCCCCGCCUCCGACCAAUCCGUCGACGAGCCACGGACACCGUCACCUCAGUUCCUUCCGGACUACGAGGAGAUCUCCAGCGACGAGGGAGAGGCGGAUGGGAUCAUCCAGAUCUCCGACUCCGACGACGCCGAGCCAAAUGUUAGACCGCCGGGCACCACGCCGCCGUCGGGCCGGGUCCAUACGCCACCAGCUGCCGAUAACCACCUGCGCGGCCUCAUCACCGAGCCAAUUACCGCCGACAACGUCACGCGGAUACCACGCCGCCGUCGCUCCACGCCAGGCAGAGGGGCCAUCGAUAAGCCAACACAUCGACUUGACAACCGACGAGGACUCCGAAGACGAGAGGCCAGCCGUGGCCGUACCGAGCCGCCCCCGCUACUAACACCCGGCGAAUACGCCGCUGCAGUGGCUCGACGCAGGGCGUCCUCCGCCGGGCCGGUUCGGCCAAUCAACCCGGAGCCACGUUCGGCCAGGGACCGACCACCCACACCAGCACCGGCACGCCGAGGCCACCGACGGAGCGCGCCCUGGGUGGACACUCUAGUGGACAGCCCCAGCGAAUCCUCGUCCGAGGAAGAGUUGCCCCGCGAUCGCCAAGGUCACACCCGCUGA